AACGGUUUCCGAAGAAACCAAGAAGCGAGAGUUCGUGGGCGUGUCUUCUCCGCGCAUAUGGGCGUGGGUUCAGGCCUUGCCCUCCCGCCAGCUAUCUCCGCCCCCUUUUUCCCGGCGGCAGCGGUGGCUGCUACUUAUCUCCUGGUGUGGAGGCUGAAGAAGUCAGCAGCAGUAGUAGCAGCAGCAGCGGCGGCGGCGGCCCGGUAGGGCGGGGGGUGGAAGAUGGCGGCGGCAAUAGCAACGGCGGGUGCCCUGUUGUGGGGCUGGUUGUGGAACGAGCGCUUCUGGUUGCCCGCCAACGUGACUUGGGCCGACUUGGAGCGAGGAAGUGCCGGCGACGAAGAGGGGUAUCCCCGCGCCGCCCACGUUCUGGGCGCCUUCCCGUUGGCAGUCGGCGUCUUCGCCUUGCGGCGGGUCUUUGAGAGAUUUAUUGCCAAACCAUGUGCCAUUCAUUUUGGUAUUCAAGACGAGCUUCACAAAGUUCAGCCCAAUGCAAUUCUAGAAAAGGUGUUUACGUCUGUCACAAAGUGUCCGGAUGCAAGAAGGUUAGAGGGUUUGUCAAAACAGCUAGAUUGGGAUGUCCGAAAAAUCCAGCGCUGGUUUCGUCAUCGAAGGAACCAGGAUAAACCAUCCGUCCUCGCAAAAUUCUGUGAGAGCAUGUGGAGGUUUACAUUUUAUAUAAUUAUAUUUUUCUACGGGCUCAGGUUUCUCUGGUCGUCACCCUGGUUUUGGGAUACACGACAAUGCUGGUACAACUACCCUUUUCAGCCUAUAGUUUCUGGCCUUUACUACUAUUAUAUCAUAGAGUUGGCCUUUUACUGGUCACUUAUGUUUUCGCAGUUUACAGAUAUUAAGCGAAAGGAUUUCCUAAUUAUGUUUGUUCACCAUUUGGCUACAAUUGGACUUAUUACCUUCUCUUACAUUAACAACAUGGUACGGGUAGGAAGCUUGGUCAUGUGCCUUCAUGAUGCAGCAGAUAUCUGGUUAGAAGUAGCAAAACUGGCCAAUUAUGCCAAGUAUCAGCGGUUUUGUGAUUCGACCUUCAUACUAUUUAGUGCUGUCUUUAUUUUUACUCGUUUGGGGAUUUAUCCUGUCUGGAUACUUAAUACAACAUUGUUUGAAAGCUGGGAACUGAUUGGCCCUUACCCAUCAUGGUGGCUGUUCAAUGGACUUCUUGUAACCUUACAAGUUCUACAUGUUAUCUGGUCUUAUUUCAUCCUCCGCAUUGCCUACAAGGCCCUGGCACGAGGAAAGGUAUCAAAAGAUGAUCGCAGUGACGUGGAGAGUAGCUCUGAUGAGGAAGAUGCAACUUCAAACUGUAGAAAAGGAACUCAUAGCACUUCAAGCAAUGGCGCCAAUCGGAUUAAUGGUCACAUAAGUAGUGGCCAGUAGGCAAGCAAGGAAUAAGGCUGGAGGCAGGGGAAGCCUCCAGAAAAUAGAGACUUGUGUUCAAAUUUCUAGGUAUGCUGAACUCUACAUUCUAAAGAAGUCUUUAAUCAAGCUGCCCCUUCAUCCUCAACUCCUCCACCAAACCUAAAACUGGCUCAGGCACAGCCAAUUUUGCACAGAAGGGAUCAAGCUGAUUUUUAGUGCAAAACUUAUUUCCAGUUUCCCUUUUUAAAGACAAUAAGUCAUUUUGUAUUUAAUAGUAUCCCAACUUAAAUAUUAUUUGUCGAAGUGUGUGUACGUGUGUGUGUAUGUGUAUGUGUGACAGACUGUGGGUUUGUUUUGGUUUUUUGAUCAACUCAAGUUUUGAGGGAAAUGUUUGGAGUGGGCCUGUGAAGGCUUUGAUUUCUGGCAGUUUCUGUCUGCUGCUUCUUGAAUGCACUCUAUAUAAUCUUUUGACAGUGUGAUCUAGUCUAAUUUUACAGCACCAGAGGCAAAAGUUGUGUCCUGUUUAGGCUGUUCUGUGGUUGUGAUAGAGCCAGGUGAACUCAAUGAUUCAUUAAUAAUCAUUGGGCUGUGAUGUGCUAAGUUAUGUCUGCCUGUUUUGGGGGUGGGAGCUGGAUCAAGCUCGCAGUAGUUACUUUUAAAAAGUAGCAUCCACAAAGUCUUCAUUGUGGUUGCCUGAAAUUGCCACCUUUCCCUACAAAUCCUGUGGAUGUGAAGGCACAUAGGAGCUACAACAGCAGUUUAUAGAUCUCUGUGCUGGGAUAGCAGGCAUGGAUGAUCUGGAAUCCAUUGCUGCCUUCUCCAUGGAGGCAAAUUGUAAAGUCACAUAUAUUUUCAGAAGAAAAAAAAACCCUGUGUCCUGCAUUUGCUUCAGUGAAAUGCCGCUGGGAUGGAGAGGUUGAUAUACAAGGGCUCUGUGUCCCCUCCCCCACGCACUCCCUUUUUUACUGUAAGGUACUUCAGGGGAGAUGGAAGACAGAAAUAGUAUCCAGGACUUUGAAAAUCUCUUGAGUUAUUUUAUACUAUUGUUUACUCUGUGAUUAAAAAACCUGCUUAAAGAACA